AUGGGGCACGGGUCUGAGCACCGGUAUCAGCGCCACACCAAUCACUUGGAUUCCCGCAGGGAUUCUUCACGGGUCAGCGAAUCAAACUCUUACAAUACAAAAUAUAAACCCCGUCAACAACCUCAGAGAGAUCUUAACCACUUGACUAUCAUAGAUAGACAUGAUUAUUCACAACAAUCCACACCCAUUGACAUUAAUAAAACCGACUUCGCCAAUAGUGGUAACAAGGAUAAGGCAAAAAAUGAUAAUUUUGACAUAGUAUUGGGGUUAUCAUCACAAAUGACUUGGGAUGAACGGCCUGAUGUUGAACAAUUGGUGCUAUUAAUCAUUUCCAUAAUUAAGUGGUUAGACUCAGAUGAUACUGGGCAGUUUACCGAAGAAUAUGCACUUUUUGAGCGGGUAGUCAAGAAUAAGAUCAGAAUUUCAUCCAUCUUACACUCCAUCCCGCAUGAUUACACAUCACUCACACUCCAAAGUGACUUUACCGAACCUAUGCAAUCCAAAACUUCCACCAUGCCCCAAGAACUACUGAAGGCAAAGCUAAUCCGGUCACAAAUGUCUGUAUACGAUUCCUUUGCUAAAUCGAUAUCUAAGCUGGAUAAUAUGAAGGAUAUUCAGAACAGGAUUGAAGAGCAGGCGAAAGUGACGAAACAGAUAAAGGACAGAUAUGAGAGGUUGCGGGAGAGUUUUGUAUCACUACACAAGUCUAUACACAGUAUACGGGCUUCACUCUCCAAUAUUAAUAUGUAA